AUGCACAAAUAUAGUGAACGACAACAGGUACUGCGUGAUCUCUUCAUGAUUUGUAUAUUCCACCACCUGCAGGAGACGGAUGACCUCAUCGACUCCACUUUGAAGAUUCCAACAAUCCCCUCCCUUGGUACAACUAUGGCCCCGAAAAAUCAAGGUCGAGCUUUGGUGCUGGAUGUUUUAUUUGAUGACGAAGCAACAGUUUCCGACCUCUUGCACUUGGUCCUGUCGAAUCGAUACUUGCACGACCGUUGGCCUCCAAUACCUCGUCAAGAAUUUGAUUUAGGGCAGCUGUUCAACAUGCGGGAUGAGGAUUUCAAGCAGGCGGUCCGCACAACAAAGUCGGGAUUCACCUGGCUCUUACGUCAAAUUGCGUUCAACCCUAUCUUUCACAGCGGAAGCUUUCGUCCGCAACUUCCGGUGCCGCAUCAGUUGGCCCUGACCCUUGAAAGGCUUGGGUCCAAUGGGAAUGGAGCCUCAGUUGGACGAAUCUCCAGGAACUUAAGCGUCGGCCGCGGUACCAUUAUCAAGGCAAGUCGCAGGGUCAUCCGGGCAAUCAACGAUCUGGGCUCAACUUACGUACUCUGGCCUGACAAGGAUAGAAGAAAGGAAAUCUCUGACGUCAUGAAGGCCGAAGGCUUUGAAGGUUGCAUAGGAUUUGUCGAUGGAACAACGAUUCCACUGUACCAGCGUCCAUCAAUUGAUGGAGAGGUUUUCUUUGACCGAAAAAAGCGGUAUUCGAUCAAUUGUCAGAUAAUAUGUGAUUGUGACCGGUUCAUCACGGGUUAUAUGACCGGCUGGCCCGGGUCGUGCGGGGACAGUAUGGUAUUCAAGAAGAUGAUGGUGCAUAAAGAGCCUGAGCGUUUCUUUGAUCCCGGUCAAUAUCUGAUUGCCAACUCAGCCUAUGAGUUGGGUGUGCAUUGCAUACCGGCGUACAAGGCACCAGCGGCCUACAUUAGAGAGAACACCGAGUUCAACUACUGUCUAGCGCGAUCCCGGGUCCGUAAUGAACAUACAAUCGGUAUACUCAAGGGACGAUGGUCUUCUCUCCAACACCUAAGAUUAUCAAUCCAGAAGCCGACCGAUAUGAUGGAGAUUAUUCGCUGGGUUAACUGCUGUAUUACCUUGCAUAACAUGCUUGCCCACCUGGGCGAUGCAUGGGAUGUCUUGGUCCCCAGCAUUGAUGAGGCCGGGCCACCUGGGGAUGGCAUAUACGAGGAUAAUGCAAGAGAACGACGCGAUUCUAUCCAAUCAAAAUGUUUAGAUACUAACUACUCCCUUGGUGUACUACCUAUGUGA